GAUCUUAAAGAUGCUUUCGGUCGGAUGAAGAAGUACAAGUUGAAGAUGAACCCCACUAAGUGUGCUUUUGGUAUCUCAGCCGGGAGUUUCUUGGGUUUUUUGGUUCAUGAAAGGGGAAUAGAGAUUGAUGCUAAUAAAGCCAAGGCAAUUCAGGCCAGCCGACCACCCAGGACGGUUAAGGAAAUUCAAAGUUUUUUAGGGAAGGUAAAUUAUCUCAGGCGGUUUUUAGGUAAAUUAUCUCAGGCGGUUUAUUUCCAAUGCUGCUGGCAAGGUCAAAUCAAUCACUAAAUUAUUGAAGGCAGGAGGAAGUGCUUUUUUGAGUGGGGACCAGACCAACAGAUGGCUUUAGAAGCUAUAAAACAAUCAUUGGCUCAACCACAUGUGUUGAUGCCCCCCAAAGAAGGUUGGCCCCUCAAUCUUUAUUUGGAAAAUACAUAUGAAGUGGUAAGUUGUUUAUUAGUGCAAGAUGGAGAUGAUGGAAAGGAAAGGGUAAUUUACUAUUUGAGCAAGACUCUCACAGGACCAGUGUUAAAUUAUACUAUGCCAGAGAAGAUGUGUUAUUCGUUGGUGUUUGCAUGCACCAAACUCGAGCAUUAUAUGUUGCCUAGGAGAAUUGAGGUCAUUUCAAAGAUUAAUCUCAUCAAGUUAAUUUUGCAAAGACCUACCAUGCAAGGUAGACUUAUGAAAUGGGCUAUUAAAUUAGCCCCUUUCAAUUUGUAUCAUUCUCCUUUGAGGGCGGUCAAAGGCCAAGCAAUAGCAGAUUUUUUGGCCGACUUCGCAAGCUAUGAGCAGGAACCGACCGGGUGCAUGUCCUAUGUAAGUACCCGAAAUUGGUUAAUGUUUUUUUAUGGUUCUACUUCAGGAAAUAGAUCAAGUGCAGGCGUUUUGUUGGAGGGACCUGAUGGCCAAAGGGUCAGGUUGCAGCUACAAUUAGAAGCCAUAACCCAUAAUUUAGUAGAAUAUGUAAUCUUGGGAUUGGAAGCCUUGAUAGCCAGGAAAGUUCAAUCGGUGAUCAUAAGAGGGGAUUCUCAGUUGGUAAUCAACCAAGUAAACAAAAAAUAUGUUUGCAAUUAUCCCCAUUUACGUAGAUAUAGAGAUUUGGUAGGUCGGUUGCUAUCAAAGAUUUCUGAAGUAAUAAUUGAGUUCAUCCCUAGAAAGGAAAAUCAAUUUGCAAAUGAAUUAGCUCAAAAAGCUUGCAAGGGAAUCCCAAAAGAUAUCUGUGCAGAAGUCGGCCCUGAAACAGAAACUGGAACCGACUGGAGGACAUAGAUUAUCAUGUAUCUACAAGAUCCAGGAGCGAAUGUACCUAAUUGAAUACGGUUGAAAGCGUUGCGAUUUCAAUUAUUAUAACGAAUAUUAUACAAAAGAACAUUCAAAGGAUUACUCUUGAAAUGUUUGGGGUCCGAAUAGGCUUUAGAGGUGAUGACAGAAGUGCACAGUGGAAUUUGUGGAGCUCAUCGAGCGGGUUUGAAUAUGAGAUGGGCUAUUCAUUGUUUGGGUUUCUUUUGGCCAAAUAUUUUCGAAGAUUGCAUACAAUUCGCCAAAAGUUGCCAAGAAUGUCAGAAAUAUGGACAGUUGAAUCACUUGCCAGUCACAAAAUUGCAAGCUAUGGUAAAACCAUGGCCCUUUAAGUCUUGGGCUAUGGAUAUCAUUGGUAAAAUUCAUCCCCCAUCAUCCAAGAAUCAUUGCUUUAUCUUGGUUGCAACAGAUUAUAUUACCAAAUGGGUCGAGGCGGUUGCUUUGAAAAACGUGGAUCAAAAAGAGGUGAUAGACUUUGUGCUGAAUCAGAUCAUAUAUAGGUAUGGUAUUCCUCAUUCAAUAACAACCGACCAAGGUCUGGUCUUUAUUGGGGAGAAGUUUUUAACUUUCUUGGCAGAGUUUGGUAUUCAUUUGAAUCAUUCUUCACCUUAUUAUCCCCAAGCUAAUGGGCAGGCAGAGGCAGCUAAUAAGAUUAUCAUUGGGAUAAUAAAGAAAAAUAUUGAAGGGAACCCAAGAAAAUGGCAUUUAUUGUUAUCUCGAGCCUUAUGGGCGCAUAGGAAUAACAGAAAUUCUGCCACAGGGUUUUCACCUUAUCAGCUCACCUUUGGACAAGAUGCUGUCUUGCCAGCUGAAAUUCAAGUCAUCCGGACGUACAAGCCUUACUACUGAUGAGUUUACUGAGGAAUUCAACAAAUUAUGUUGCAACAAUUGGAAGACUUGGAUAUCAAUGGACUUCAUGCAAUUGAUCAGAUUGUAAGACAGAGUGAAAUCAGGGCUAAGACUUAUGGAAUGAAAGUUUUUUAUAAAACUUUCAAAGAAGGAGACCUAGUUUGGAAAACUAUCCUUCCUACAUAUAAGAAGGGUGAUCAAUUAGGGAAGUGGUCUCCGAAUUGGGAGGGACCAUUCAUAGUUCAAAAGGAGAUUGGAAAUGGUGCCUUUAUUAUUAUAAAUCAAGAAGGUAAAAGGGUACACGAAUGUAUUAAUGCUAAAUAUCUGAAGAGGUAUUUUCCUAUCUUUUCAGAUAACAAAAAAGCAUGAAACAGUAAUUUUAAUCAGAACCCGACCCCAAAGGGGGGUUUACUCAUCAGAUGUCGAGUCGUGCAGAGGAUUACUUUCUUCUGAGUCAGAGUCUUCAUUUCAGUGAUUAGGGAUUAGUUAUGGCUCUUUAUCAAUAAGGUCCUCUAAGCUAGGUCGGUACUUUUCCCAUUGGUCUUGCAUCCUCUCAAGAUCAUAUUCGGGUCGAGCUUUCAUGUCUGUCACGGCUUGAUGCUUACGAUCAACAAGAGUGCGUAAUCUUGAAAAGACUGUCCGCUGAUUGGAGAAUGUAUGAUCCUAGCCAAGGUCUGGGAGUAUGGCUGUCACAUGGUGUUCAAUCAAAUCCAUGUGAUGAUCUAUGUCAGGAAGGCGAUUUUGAUAUCCUGAAGAGUUUCAUAUCGUUCUAGCACGCUUUCCAUCAGGCGAAUAACACGAUGAAUGGUUUUUCUGCCUCGUUGGGAAAAUCUGAAUUUGAAAUCCAAUUAUUUAAGUAUGCAUAACAGGUCUUCAGCAUGGCCUCCAUCUGGAUGAUAACCCACGAAUAAGGGUUGAAUAACACCUUGCCAAUUGUUUACAGGAACGUGAGGAGGAUCGUGUGGCAUUUUGGAAAUUUACAGGUGUGCUCAAAUUGCAGUUUGUAGCUAAGCGUAUGUUUGUUAAUUUGCAAGGGACUGCAAGUGUUUAAAUACGAGAUGAGUUGGAUUCGUUCCCUAGAGGGUCGGAAUUUUGGAAAGUGAUCCUUAAUAAAAUGAGAAAAAUUUUAUUUACUAAGUCAAGGUUUCCAAAAUUUUACAGAAGAGAUCCUAAAACAAUUUAAAUCUGAGACCAUUCUGUCCUGGAGAGUCGCUUAUUGUUAGCAGCCGACUGGCAUCGCCUUAUAAGUUGGGAUCGGGCAUGAAUCUUUAAUUCUUGGUCCAAGUCGGCUUCAUUUUUCUUGUACCGCUCAAUUAGGCGCUGCUCGUCGCUUAUGUGGCCUUCCAAAACAGACUUUUCUUGAUGGAGUGAGUGCUCUCAACUCUGCCUCUUUCUGUUGGAUGGAUUCGUCUAGUUGUUUUUUGGCAUUAGAGAGGCCUUCCAGUCUUCCAGUCGCCUGUUGAAUUGAUUCUUUGGUUUUAGUCAAGGAAGCUUCCAGGCUUAUUUGCUCCAAGUCGGGUAAGGGUGAUUCGACUGACAGAAUUUGAGCGAAUAAGAUAUCAUUUCGAAGUUCAGACAGUCGCUCCAUCAGCCGAUGAAGAAUGGGGGUAGCAGCCGAGUCUGGAGAAAUUUGAAAUAAUAGGCCACCAAUGGUUUGAAGAAGACUGUCAAGUAAGUCUGAUCCUAGGUCGGGAAAAGAUUGAUCAACAGCCUGUGCAAUUAUAGUUCGGACGCCUGUGGGAAUUGGAAUAGCCGACAAAGGGGCUAAAUCAGAGCAUCCCUGAAAGAAUGAAGGUUUAUUUCAGAUUACAUGAGCUACAAAUAUCAAGAAUCAAUUGUGAAGGUUGUACUUACCUCUGGACGGAUUGUGGUCACUGAAGGUGCCAGAAUGGCCAUAGGUCUGGAAGGAUGAGCGACUGGUACUUCAAUGGCCAAUUCGUCGGCUGCUGCAAACAUAAGUUGAGGUUUGGAUCUGGGUCCCUGAACGAUGGGAAUGAGAUGUAUUUAAUAUCAUGUGAACACCAGCUUGUAAUUUGGAAAAGAGAAUUCAAGUGUCUACCAGGUUAACAGAGGUCUCUGAAUCAGAGGAGGGGAUUUCUUGUAACUCUUGUAAAGGAUCCCUCGGUUGCACAGGUGCGGGUUCUUCUUCCCGCCUGUCUGCCUUUGGAGGAGGGUUGGCUACCCCUGGGUCGGCUACCUCCAAGUCAGCUGUCCUUAAGUCGGCUGCCCCUGGGUCAGCUGCUCCUAAGUCUGCUACCCUUUGGUCGGGUGCAUCUAGGGCGGCUACAACAAGUUCGUCGGGAGCGCCACGGAAGGCCGCCUCAGAGAUACUUCUGUCUUUUGAGGCGACCGCAACAGAGGACACCGCAGCAGAAGCGACCGCAGUAGAGGCAACCGCAGCAGAAGCGGCUGCACUAGAGGCGACUGCGGCAGAAGCAGACGCAGGCGUGGCCAUUGGUGCCAUAUUAGAAAGAGAUGGGUCUGAAGCUACAUAAGGCAACCUACCCAUCUCUAAAGCAGUCGCCUCACUAUUAGAUGAAAUCCCUGUUGUUGCCAGUUCGGCGGGUGAAGGCGCCUGCAUUAAGGUCUAUCGUUUGGUCGGGGGUUUCAGGCGCGUGAAGUUGGUCGGUUGGUGACUCUGAUGAUUUGUUUGGAUUUGAAGUAGUUUGUGCGGUCGCUCUGGCCGAAGUGGGACCUGGAUAUCAUAAUGAUGGUUAAUAAAAUGUUAAGUACAGAAGUUGUAUUGAAUCAGGAUUAAGGGAAAAUACCUGGACGAGGUUGGGUCUUUACAAGUGCCCGACCUGAUGAGCGGUCUCUCAAAGGCUGUUGAUCGUUUUCAGAGAAGGGGAUAGCUUGAGAAGCUCUUCGUUUCCUCUGCGGGGCACCCAAUCCAGUGCCUUGAGCGACUAAUUUCCUUCGGGUGUUGGUCAAUGGGGUCGCCCCAACACCACCGCAGGCUGGGGCAGAAGAAUGCCCAGCAGGCAAUCUUUGUCAGGAGCAAUUAAGGCCCAAGUAACCGACCACCAUUCGCGGAAGGAUUCAAUUGAAGCUGGAGAAGUUCGGAAAUGAAUGUAAGCUGGGAUACAUAAGAAGUGAUCAAUUCAGGAAUGGCUCUCCCAUCUGGACUUUGAAUUAUUAAGUGUGGACAGGCGAUGGGGCCAGGUAAGCCUUGUUGGCAUCCGGACUGGCAUGCCAAAAACUGAGGUUGAUAGUUGAAGGUAUAAAAGACUUUGGGGCCUUUCUUAUCAAUUUUCUUACUAAUAAACAAAGACCUGGGUUUAAGAGCAGCAUCCCAGGAGAAAGAGUAAGUUGGGUGAGGAAGUGGGUAUGGUUCAGACAAAGGUGAAGAUACAGGGAAUGGCGAAAACAGGCCGGACGCAUAACCGACGUACUUUCAGUACAUGUAAAAUCGGGAGGUACUACGGUCGUCAGUUAGAAUAGUAGUGAUGAUAGGAUCAGAUGCUUGGAGGUUAUUACGACCUAAGCAAAGUCGGUUGAGAGCUAUUUCCAGAGAUUUAUCAGGGGUACCAUAUGCUCCUUGCUGAUCGUUUAAGAAUUUGGUCCAGCCCCAUUCCUUAAUGCUAGCCAAAGACCAGCCUGGAUGGUCUGCGCUGGGCUCUUGUCCAUCUAGGGCACCCAUUACAGGGUCUUCUCCUACGAUUGGCAGAUGAGCGAUCAUGGCCACAUCCAUGAGUGUGGGGCCGAUAGGGGCUGUUGGAAGAAGGAAGGCACAAAUCUCAAGGUGCCAGAACGCCAACAUUGCUAGAAGAACCUUCUCAUGUAAAUGACAUGGGAGAGUAGAUAGGAGUAUAGCCUGGUCGAUUUGUUGGUUUUUCCAUUGAGCUUGAAAAUGUCCUGCAACCCUUUUGUACCAAGUGCGGUAGGGAUCCUUGGGAUCCGUCAAGUGAGUUUUGAUGCUAUCAUGGAGGCGGACUGCGUUGUAGUUGGGAUUGUUGACAGCUAGUAGUUUUCUUGCUUCCAAGACUUCUCUCAUUCGAUUAGAGUCUUCAGGAGUAGUGCAGUAUGGGCGAAUGGUUGGAGUGAGCAUUUUCGUCGUCACGAAAGUCGUUUCAGGGAUUGAUCCGUCGAAAGGGAGUGCAGGAAUGUAUUGAUUUGUCAUGAUUUGGAGUCGCAGAGAUUGAGAAUAGCAAAGGCCAGUAGUGAAGAAUUGAGAGUUUUGUGGCACACAAUGUGUUGCAGUAACUGAUUGCAGUUGCAGAGGCAAUUCCUCAGUAGGGUUGUGGUUUACGAACUUCCAAACGGCGAUUGAGGAAUGGCGUUUGAAAAUCCGAUGGCAGCGGGCAAGUUGUUACGUAUGAAAUUUAUAAUUAGGUUAAAAAGCCCAAGCCAGAAGAGAAGAUGGGCCUAUAAUUGGGUAUGUUAGAUUGAUCAGGGAGUAUUUCGAGAUGAUCGGGGGAGCUAGACGUAUUUCUAAGGAAAUAGGCGAGUCGAAAAGUCCGCGGGUCAGAAGGUCCGCAGGUCGGAAGGUCCGCAUGUCGGAUGGUCCCUAGGUCGGAAGGUCCGCAGGUCGGAAGGUCCGCAAGUCGGAUGGUCCGCAGGUCGGAAACUCCGCAGGUCGGAAGGUCCACAGGUCGGAUGGUCCGCAGGUCGGAAGGUCCGCAGGUCGGGAAGUCCGCGGGUCGGAGAAGUCUGCAGGUCGGAAAGUCCGCAGGUCGGAAGGUCCACAGAUCGGAUGGUCCGCAGGUCGGAAGGUCCGCAGGUCGGGAAGUCCACAGGUCGGAGAAGUCCGCAGGUCGGAAAGUCCGCAAGUCGGACGAUCUACAGGUCGGAUGGUUUGCAAGUCGGACGGUCUGCAAGUCGGAUGGUCCGCAAGUCGGAAGGUUUGUGGUCGGACCAAGAAGUCGGAUGGUCUGCAAGUCGGGAGGUUUGCGGCUGGACCAAUAAGUCAGAAGGUUUGUGGUCGGACCAACAAGUCGGAUGGUUUGCAAGUCGGGAGGUUUGCGGCUGGACUAACAAGUCGGAAGGUUUGUGGUCGGACCAGCAAGUCAGUCGGUUCGUGGUAGGAUAGGCAAGUCGGUUGAUCCACAAUUGGAUAAGUGAGUUGUUGGUGGUUGUGGAGGUCGGGUGUUGCGGAAAGCGAGUGAGAACAAUAGCGUGGUCGGCUGAGGACACGUGUCAGCAAAAGAAGAGUUAGUAAACAGUUAAGAGGAGGCGUUAUAACUGUUCGGGCGACGGUUCCAAGUACCGUUUCUGAAGAAUAUUUAAGGAUUGGGAUCUGCAACUGACAGAGCAUCUUCAAUCAUCUUCAAUCGACAUCAAAGUCAAGAGAUUCGGGGAUCAUCAUUUAAAUUUUCAGUCUUUUAUUUUUCCAGUUUAAUUUAUGUACCGUACAGUGUUUAGAGAUUCCUAAUCUCAGGCGCUAAAUAUAUCAAAUUCGAAGAUAAUUUCCUAUUUUCGGAUUUUACUCUUUAUUGUUAGAAAAAUAUAUCAACACAAUUAUUGUUAGUUGAUAAUUUUUUUUAUUAGGUGGUUUAACUGACUGAACAUAUUUGUUAG